AGAUCUUGUAGAAGGCACGCAUGUGACUUGCAGAGGAUGUCUCUAUCUGUGUGGAGACAGGGAUCCGGGCUUCCUGUUGCCGUGUGCAUCCUGUUGUUCUCUUGUUAGGAUGUCCAUCAAAUGCGUGCAUUUCCUUUCCUUACUCUGGACAGUAACAGUUGUCUGCGACCGCGCUGUGCCUGAGUGAGCAGAGGCAUAGGCACCCGCCGUGGCCACCCAGCAAACAUCUCUGCUGACUCUGACUGGGGUAAGGCAUUCCCUAGCAGUUAGCCCAGUCUUCUGGGACAGCUCCAGUAGAAGAAGCCAAAGCCCGUCCAUGGCGGGAUGCCGGGAGACAGAAGUGACCAACGGCUCCGACGGUGGCUUGGAGUUCAACCCCAUGAAGGAGUACAUGAUCCUGAGCGGUAGCCAGCAGAUCGCCGUGGCGGUGCUGUGCACCUUGCUGGGGCUGCUGAGCGCCCUGGAGAACGUGGCCGUGCUCUAUCUUAUCCUGUCGUCCCGGCGGCUCCGCAGAAAGCCCUCGUACCUGUUCAUCAGCAGCUUGGCAGGAGCUGACUUCCUGGCCAGCGUGAUCUUCGCCUGCAACUUUGUGAUCUUCCACGUCUUCCACGGGGUCGACUCCAACGCUAUCUUCCUGCUGAAGAUCGGCAGUGUGACCAUGACCUUCACGGCCUCUGUGGGCAGCCUGCUGCUGACCGCUGUUGACCGCUACCUAUGUCUGUGCUACCCGCCUACCUACAAAGCUCUAGUCACCCGUGGGAGGGCACUGGUGGCCCUCUGUGUCAUGUGGGUCCUCUCAGCAUUGAUCUCUUACCUGCCGCUCAUGGGGUGGACUUGUUGCCCUAGUCCCUGCUCUGAGCUUUUCCCACUGAUCCCUAACGACUACCUACUGGGCUGGCUUCUAUUCAUUGCCAUCCUCUUUUCCGGCAUCAUCUAUACCUAUGGGUAUGUUCUCUGGAAAGCCCACCAGCAUGUAGCCAGCUUGGCUGAGCACCAGGACAGGCAUGUGCCCGGGAUAGCUCGGAUGCGGCUAGACGUGAGGUUGGCCAAGACUCUGGGCCUGGUCCUGGCCGUGCUGCUCAUAUGCUGGUUCCCUGCACUGGCUCUCAUGGGUCACAGCCUGGUCACCACGCUGAGUGACCAGGUCAAGGAGGCCUUCGCCUUCUGUUCCAUGCUGUGCCUGGUGAACUCUAUGGUCAAUCCUAUCAUUUACGCCUUGCGGAGUGGAGAGAUCCGCUCCGCUGCCCAGCACUGCCUGAUAAGCUGGAAGAAGUAUCUACAGGGCCUCGGGCCAGAAGGGAAAGAUGAAGCCCCACGGUCCUCAGUUACAGAGACAGAGGCUGAUGUGAAAACCGCCACGGAGCCGGCCAGAAUUCCAGGCUGCUCCAACUGCUGACACCACCUGUCUUUCUACUGGAAACAACCCGAGUCAGAGAAGUCCGUUCACUCCCUCGAGGAGAGAGGGGUUCCAGACCCGGAUUCUUUCUGAAGUCAGCUCUAGGGUAAUGGAAACAGCGCCCCUUUUUUGCUAAGGAAUGCUGGUUUCAUGGCUGGAAGGGGGCCUGGCCAUGCCUACCUUAUCCAGUCUGUGGAGAGGGGCCUGUAAGAACGGCAGGCGCUGUUCACAUCAAAUCAGGAAACCCUUCUGACUCCAAAGACCUAGAGGCCAGAGGGGCCUCCAGAGAUGAUAAUAAAGGGUUCAGGAGAUCUGUGAAGACAAGGGACCUGUUCUCUUGGAAUCUAGAGUACCCCAGCUGUGAGGCCACUGCCCACAACUUCAUAGAUGUCCAUGUCUUCCAUAGGGUGGAUUCUAGACUGUCCUGCUGAAGAUAGACAGAGAGACCAGCUACUUCUGGUUCUUGCUUCAUCCUCUGUGGCUGUAGAGCUAUGGGAGGCUCCACCUUCAGGCUACCCUUGCCUCUUGAUGGUUAAGAAUUAUGAUGCCCUUAGGACCCAGGAUGUUUAGUUACUUCCUUCAGACAGAGUCAGGAGCUGUCAGCUCAGGGUAUCUUGUUGGGAAAGGGCCCUCUUGACAUCCUGAUAAGCCUUGAAAGCCAUUAUGACCUUAGGUCCUUAGGGGCCCUAAGGAAGCCGGGUUCACUGGAGGUACAGAGUCUCCAGAGACCUCUAUUCCUUGUGACAUUUUGCUGUGUCUCACAUAGCAGUAUCCCAGUCUAGCCUAGCUUCAGUAUAAAGCAAGAUUUUCACACAGAUUCUUUGAGUCCUAGACUGUUCCUAGUGAUGUUCGACUCAGCCCCCCUGGCCUCUUCCACACUCCUGAAGGAGUUGGGAGGGAAGCCUUCCCGCUGCAGACUAGGCAUCCUCGAUCCACAGCCCCAUGCUGUGUCUCUGGGUGCCCGCAUUUGCCCUUCAGCAAAGGCUGCAGUCCCAACAGACGGAGGUUCAAGGCGCUGCUGGUGGUAAGAGGGGUAGGUGGCACUGGGGACCACAGACACAGGGAAAGGAAACACUCUUAAACAUUUAAUACUUUGGCUUUUUAGAAGAUCCAGCCAGCAGACAGGACUUCCCCGUUGCCCAAAGGAACUAACAGGGUGGUGUCCAGUGCAAAGAAAAAUCAGCCUCCGUAAUAAAGCAGGGCAGCGCACUCGGCUAUACACCCUCUCAUAUGCCUCUGCAAGAGGACUGUUGCUUUCUCUGUGAAGGUCAUGGCAUCUCACUUUAUUCUUCCCAAGACAAGCUCUGUGCAUCAAAAGCCGCUGCAAAUUCUAAUCGCUAUUUGGGAGGAUCAGGGGAAGAAGUUGAUUCGGCCACGCUUAGUGGUUUGUAUUUCAACAUCAACUUGGGGAGGAAAAGACAGAAAAUACACGCUGUUUCCUUAUUACUCCCCAAAGGAGGAAGUGCUUGGUUCUGUCAACACAAGCCAGUCUCUCCAAGGUUCCAGACAGAGGAGGCGGGGGUAUGGUUUCCACAGCUGUGAAUUCUGGCACCACCUUUGGCCCACACUCGAUCACGUGAUCUUGGGCAACCCCCUGCCCUUUACCUUGCUUUGGUUUCUUUCUCUGUAAAUUGGGAAUGGUGGGAAAGAAGAUGUUCUCCAGGGGCAUCAAAACCUCUCAUUGCUCUAACAUGCUGUGGUUAUCUCUGCAACCAUGGAGACCAUUGUGCCAUAUGGACCACGUGACUUGUGGCUCUCAUACUUCCUGAAGUUACGGGCACACACAUACACCACUGGGUGUGUGCUGACUGUAGAAGAAUUAGGUGACUGGUCAAAUGAGUUUUAGAGAUUUUCACAGGGCAAGAGGGUUCUCUUGACUCUCAAUUUUUCUGGUCUCUCAGUGGUCCCCUGUGUGGGUCAGGCAUGCAUAUUUAGUGGUGCCAGACUGAAGCUCAGGCCUUCCGGUGUACCAAGCAAGAGAUGUACUCCUGAGUCAGGUUUCCUUCAGUUAGAUGCUAACUAAGCUUUCUGAGAGACCCUCAAAGUUUUUGAGGUGCUCAGUCAGUAGAGUGCUUUACCUACAUGAGCCAAUCUCUGGGUUCAAAGGUCAGUACCACCUAAAACCAGGAAUGGCAGUGCCAUCCCUCACCUGUAAUCCCAGCACUCCUGAGGUACAAGCAGGAAGAUCAGGAAUGCAAAGUUACUGUAGCUGUAAGUUCGAAGCCAGCCUGAGCUCGUUGAGACCUCCUUAUCUCAAAAUAAAUUUAAGUUACAAUUCUAAGUUAAACUAAAAUGUUUAGGGCUGGAGAGAUGGCUCAGUGGUUAAGAGCACCGACUGCUCUUUCAGAGGCCCUGAGUUCAAUUCCCAGCAACCACAUGGUGGCUCACAGCCAUCUGUAAUGGGAUCCUGGUGUGUCUGAAGAGAGCAAUGCUGUACUCAUAUACAUAAAAUAAAUAAAUAAAUAUUUU